CACACCCUUGCGCAACCAACCUGGCACUGAUGCCCUUCGUAUUCUCUUGAUUAGAAAAUGACUCUUCUUUCCCGCAGACAAAAGACAGACGCGACACAGGAACUGAGUUGGUGAGAGUACAGCUCACCACGAACGACUGUCGGUGGUUGCACACAGAUGCAUGUGUCCCAUCCUUUUCCACAGCUCAUUAGGUUCAUCCCCAUUGACCAACUACAACACAAACAUUCCGCUGGGAGCCCUGCCAUCCUGCUUCAACAGUCCAUUGACCGCAGAUAUCUUCCAUUGUAGCGUUGAACCGUACCGCGCUUUGACCGGCCUUGUGUGAAGAGAAGAGAAUAAAAUAAGUAAAGCGAACCAACCCAAGUCAAGUAUCCAACCAGCCAACCAUGCGGCUCGCUUUACUUCUUUCCCCGCAUCCUUCACGCUCCUUCCAUCUCUGUCUUUCCUGCACCCUUCUCUGUCAUCAUCCCCCGCUGGCAUCCUCAUCCUCUAGACACCAUGUAUCCCUCUCCCUCGGGGCACCACCCUUACAAUCCAGCCCAGUACAACACCAACACAACAACCACAGACAUCGCACCCGGUCUCACCCACUCCGCCAUGUCCACAAGGUCUGACAUCAUGGACCUCGACUCGCGACCCCUCGAGGCCCAUCGCUCAAGGAUCCGGAACUAUGGUCUCCAAGCCGAUGUCGGUCAGCUCGAGAGGCAGCGUUUGUACCAGCAACAGCUCCAACAAGAACUUCAGCAGGAACAGGAACAGCAUGAUCAUCAUCCAUAUCAGCAACAACAACAAUCAUAUCCCUCAGUCUCCAUGUCUCGAUUGCAGAAUCUUCAACAACAGCAACACUAUCAACAACAGCAACAACAGCAACAACAGCAACAACAGCUACAGAAUCAACAACAGCUACAGAAUCAACAACAGCAUUCUCCCCAGCAAACAUAUCAGCAUUACCAAUACCAGCAACAGCAACAGCAACAGCACCAGAACUACGGACACGAUCCCCACCUUCAGUACCAGCCACAACCACCCUACCAGCACCAGCAGCAUCAGCAAUCUUACCCACCCCAAUCCAUGCAGCAGAACACUAUGGAGCACCAUCCCAUGACGCCCUCGUCUGCACGCUCUAUCGAGACAGAGAUGCCCAGUCUGGCCUUCUCAGAUGGCAACUCAACCGCCUCAAGGAUCCGCCAGUCCCAUAGUCCUAGCCUGGCCCCGCCCUCGCCCUCGCCCUCGAUCUCACCACCGAGCGCAGACAACAGCCCAGCAUCAGGCGACGGGGAUUUCUUUCUGACGUCUGUGCUCAACAUGAUCGUACCCACGGGAACCCCCCCUGUGGCACUUUAUGAUUAUCUACAAGAGUUCAAGCAGCGGCAACUGAUCGCCAAAGGAGGCAACGGCGAGAUCCGACGAGCAUACUGGCCUCUCCAUGAGACGUUCGUUAUCCUGAAGAGCCUCAUCGAUACCAAGCACACACCCGCCAAAACCGCAAAGCUCUUUGACAAAGAGGUCGAGGUGAUGAGCCAGUGCCGCCAACAUGAUAACAUUGUACAGUUCUACGGUGUCGCUGUCAGGAACUGCGGCGACGAGCGCAAUGGUGAGCGCUUCAUGAUUAUGCAGUACUACGAACACGGCGACCUCGUCAAACUAAUGGAGCAGCCAAAACAUCUCCCCGAAGCACCUAAUUUGACCGACAAAAUGUACCUCGCCCUCGACAUUGCCCUUGGACUCGACCAUCUCUUCAAAUGCGGCUUUCAUCAUGGCGAUCUCCACCCCAAAAACGUCUUGAUCGAUAUCCGAAGAGAUUGCGGACCACAGCAGUCAGGUCCACGGUAUUUGGCGAAACUUACGGAUUUUGGACUGAGGCGGAUUCGAGGCAACAUGAACGCGUUCUCGAGUCAGCAGCUCGGAGGUGUCUUGCAGUUCAUGGCUCCAGAACGCAUGCCUAAGAACCGACCACGGUAUGAUGUCCGAUGUGAUAUUUAUGCCCUCGGCGUCAUUUACUGGUACAUCAUGGCAGGCCGCUACCCAUUCAAGGAUCUUUCGACAUACAGUCCUGGAGCACGCGAGGAGAGGGUAGACGGAACGCCCGAUUGGUACUAUAACAUCUACACGCAGGCAUGGAGUGAAGAUCCGAAUGCACGGCAACAGAGUCUGGAAGAGAUCGUCCAGGCUUUCAGAUAUAACCUCGGUAUUCAAACGUCACCGCCACCACCGAGCCAGUAUCUAGAUCCGGGACAUAGUCACCAGCAACAUCUACCACCAUCUGCACCUUAUGGACGUGAGUAUGGUUCGACUUACCCGACAUAUGUGGGUUACGAUGGGAAUCCACAGCAUUAUUCAGGUAGCUCCGGAGGUGGAUCGACUAUUCGCGGAUCGCCUAUGAUGACGCCGGCGUCGAUGCUGACCCCCAUGUCCCUCAAUGACAGGGCCUCGCCUCACCCACCGUCGCCACUUUUGUCGAAUUCUAACAUGGUGGCAAAUUCUUCAGCUGCACGACCCAACAAUCCGAACCAUCCACGGAACAUGAGAGCGGUCAUUCCCAACGGAAUGCCCAGCAGCAUAUACCAUUGAUGUUCGUACUGUUACUGUUACUGUUACUGU